AUGAGUUCAAAAUAUGAUUUUCUGAAGGAUGUUAAUCCUGCCAAGGAGGACUGGAGGAUUAAGGUGAAGGUGGUUCGGACUUGGAAAGUUCCUAACUUUCAGCGUAAAAAUUUGGAGGACAAUCUUGAAAUGGUUUUAUUGGAUGAACAGGGUGGUAGGAUCCACGCCACUGUCAAAGACGUCAUUGGUUUAAUCUCAGGAAUUGGGAAAGUUUGUGAUCGUGUGGUUUCUGGUAGGAAGACAAAAAUGGUGGUGUUGGAGCUUGACGACCUGAGGGGUCAUAAGUUGGAGUGCACUUUGUGGGAGCAUUAUGUGGAUGAGGACCAAUCUUUUUUGGCAGACAACGACGAUCCUCAUAACGUAACUACUUGCAUCACAUACGGGACUAUAAAGGCAAUUGAGAGCAAAUACAACUGGUGGUACAAGUCAUGCAAAAAGUGUCCAUUUUCCGUUUAUGAGGAUUUUGAGAAGUGGUAUUGUAAGAACUGCCAAAAACAUUGGGAAGAUUAUUAUCCGAGAUUUAGUGUUCAGGUCAGAGUUGUGGAUAACACAGAUUCCGCAUCCUUUAUUCUGUUUGAUUGCGACUGUGUGUCUUUGUUGGGAAUGAGUGCUGCUGAAUUGCGCGAGCUGCAUUUCAAGAGGGGUGCCGAUUUGGAUCAAUUUCCAAAUGAGUUAAAUGUUCUGAAUGAAAAGUCAAUGUUGUUCAAGAUAAAUGUUAAGCAAAAGGAUUUGAACACAAAUAGUGAGCCCAAAUAUCAAGUUUCCAAAAUUUGUAUCAGCGAAGACAUAAUCUCAGCGUUCAUUAAGUAUCUUAUAGAUCCAAAUGAUGAAGCGAAUUUCGAUAAUGCACGCGAAAAUGAAGUUGUUUCGUCGGAACUGGAAAAGGCUGCGGUGAGCUAUGAAUUCGAUUUAGAUUCAUGUUAUUAA